GUAUAUGAACACAUCAAAUGUACAAGCAUUCAUACAAAUGUACUAGUUUAAAUACCGCUAGAGGUGUAUGCCAAUGCGACCGACUAAUUGUAGCGCAACUAAUUGUUUUACAACAUCAACAACAAAUUAGUUGGUAAUUGUACAAGUUUACCAAGUGCUAAACUCUCUUUAUGACACGCGCACACUGUACCAACAAUUCUACAUACGAGUAUAUGAAACUGCAGUCAACAACCGAGUGCCAUCGCCGCAUUCAUCUGCGCAUUGUCACCAAGUGUUGCGGCUAACACCCACCAUCCACCAUAAUGAGAUUGUUGCAUAGAUGGUGUCUAUGCAUGUAAUUCAUAUAAUCAGCAGCGUUGACGGUCAUUAAACCAUUUGUCUCACACGCUGUGACUGUGUUGACGCUGUCUGCCUCACGUUCAUAAAUUAAGGUAGUUGUGGCGCAGGCGCGUCAGUGCGAUUUCAUUUGCCUUGCCGAGUGGAUUAUUGCCAAAAAUUAAAAGAUUUCAAAUAUAAUAAAAACAAUUUCCAAUAAAAUGUGCGAACAACGACACAAACAGCCGCGGGGGUUUAAUAUAAGAUGCGUCUUCAAAUUCGCCUUGCUCACGUUUACUUUGACGCAAAAUUGGUGUAAAGUCCAAGAAGGCAGUUCGUGGAAGGAUAUCAUAUUCGGUAGCAAGUGGAAGCCGUCGGUGGGCGUUCGUGACCCAAGAUUUUUACCGAUCUUUAGUGUGGUUCCCGUUGGCACUGGCACAUGUACAGCAUCAUCUGGAGAGCAGGGCAACUGUAUACCGAGUAAAGAGUGUCUCCUACGCGCUGGCAUACCAGCUGGACCCUGUGCGGGCGGUUAUGGAUUGUGUUGUGUUUUUCUACAAACUUGUGGCGGUAUUAUACGCGAGAACUCCACAUAUUUUGUCAAUCCCAACCAUCCAGAUGUCUACGAUGGCACUGGCAGCUGUCAAGUCACGGUGCAGAAGUUACAUCCCGACGUGUGUCAGUUGAGACUCGACUUGGAUAUGUUCUCCAUUGCACCACCAGAAGCGCUGAACCAUGUCUGCAAUCAGGAUCAGCUACUCGUAUCCGGCGGCAGUCCGAUACCAACAAUAUGUGGCAACUCCGCAGGCGAUCACAUGUACAUUGACGCCGGCUUGGGGCAAAGUAACGCCAUCGUGCUCUCCGUCAUAACGAGCGGCACUUUUUCACGUAUCUGGCGCAUACGAGUUACGCAAAUACACUGCGGCAGUUUGAGUCGCGCCGAUCAUGGUUGUCUGCAGUAUUUCACCGGCAUCAGUGGGCGUGUACGCAGUUUCAAUUACAACCCAGUUACAGGACGACAGCUCUCCAAUCAGGACUACAGUGUUUGUAUACGUACCGAGCGUAAUUUCUGUAGCAUACAGUAUAAUGCCUGUCCGGAUACAGAAAACAACCGCUCGCGCUCUUUCACCAUCUCCGGCAACUCCAACAAUCCCACCGGUUCUAUGGUGGGUGGCGGUACACAAGUGACACAGAAUACGUGUAUCAACGAUUGGCUGCUCAUCGGCUGCAUGCGUUCGGUGGAUCGCAUUCCACCAUUGGCCGCCUGUGAGGAUCGCGUUUGUGGUGGCACAUUCAGCGCGGAAGUGGGCACCAUUCAACGCACCGUACAAUCGAGUGUGCGACCUUUUCGCCUGUACUUCCAUACCGAUGGAGUCGAAGCGCCUACCGAUAUUGAUAAUCGUGGCUUCUGUUUGGAUUUCGUGCAGCAGCCGUGUACAAAUGGUUUUUAAAUAGUUUAAGUUGCAGUUAUUUGUUAAUUAUGUCGUUUUUGUAUUUUGAAUAAAUUAAAA